GCGUCACAGAAUGGCCUCCGACACCCAGGGAGCUCCUGACGUGUCGGGGAGGAGCCGGGCGUGGAGGUGCGCGGAGUGGGGCUCGGGGCUGCGGAGCGGAGCAGAGCUGAGCGGCUGGGUGGGCCUGGCCAGGCCAGAGGAGCAGAGACGUUGGUCGAGCGGCGGCGAACAUGCGCUUUUGACACGGUGGAGGCUUUCUUGAUCAUGGAUGGUGAAGAUAUACCAGAUUUUUCAAGUUUAAAGGAGGAAACUGCUUAUUGGAAGGAACUUUCCUUAAAGUAUAAACAAAGCUUCCAGGAAGCUCGGGAUGAGCUAGUUGAAUUCCAGGAAGGAAGCAGAGAAUUAGAAGCAGAGUUGGAGGCACAAUUAGUACAGGCUGAACAGAGAAAUAGAGACUUGCAAGCUGACAACCAAAGACUGAAAUAUGAAGUGGAGGCAUUAAAGGAGAAAUUAGAACAUCAGUAUGCACAGAGCUACAAGCAGGUUUCAGUAUUAGAAGAUGAUUUAAGUCAGACUCGGGCCAUUAAGGAGCAGUUGCAUAAGUAUGUGAGAGAGCUGGAGCAGGCCAAUGAUGACCUGGAGCGAGCAAAAAGGGCCACAAUAGUUUCACUGGAAGACUUUGAACAAAGGCUAAAUCAGGCCAUUGAAAGAAAUGCGUUUUUAGAAAGUGAACUUGAUGAAAAGGAAUCUUUGUUGGUCUCUGUACAGAGGUUAAAGGAUGAAGCAAGAGAUUUAAGGCAAGAACUAGCAGUUCGGGAAAGACAACAGGAAGUAACCAGAAAGUCGGCUCCUAGUUCUCCAACUCUAGAUUGUGAAAAAAUGGAUUCUGCUGUCCAAGCAUCACUCUCUUUGCCAGCUACUCCUGUUGGCAAAGGAACAGAAAACAGUUUUCCCUCACCAAAAGCUAUACCAAAUGGUUUUGGUACCAGUCCACUAACUCCUUCUGCUAGGAUAUCAGCACUCAAUAUUGUUGGGGAUCUCUUACGGAAAGUAGGGGCUUUAGAAUCCAAAUUAGCAGCUUGCAGGAAUUUUGCAAAGGACCAAGCAUCACGAAAAUCCUAUAUUUCAGGGAAUGUUAACUGUGGGGUUCUGAAUGGCAACGGCACAAAGUUCUCACGAUCAGGGCAUACAUCUUUCUUCGACAAAGGGCAAGAAAAAGUCAUAUUUCCCACGUUGUUCAUGGGGCAGUAAACGGCUUUGACCCAGCUCCUCCUCCUCCUGGUCUGGGCUCCUCGCGUCCAUCUUCAGCACCGGGUAUGCUGCCUCUCAGUGUGUGAGUGGCCGGCCUCCAGGUGGGGGCUCCUGCCCUCCUCCAACAACCCAGGACACCCAUGUCUCACCCCUUGGUGCCUGGGCCCAGCCCUGCGCCACUCUGUCUGCCUCCCCAUGGCUGGCAGAGGGCAGGCUGCAUGCUGUGGUGGUUGCUGGGCCCCGCCUAGCCCCAGGACUCUGCGCGAUAUCAAUACUGGCUAUUUUUUCUUCUUGCCGUAGUGCCGUUGGUUUCACAUGAUUGCACUUUGUGGGUCACAAGGAGAUACAUACGUGUAUUACUUGGUCACUGGAUGCAGAAGUACUCAUUCAUCACACCUGCCUCAUAGCCUCCACUCUGCUGUACUGAUAGGAUUUAGUUGUGUUUAGGACAUUGCUGAUCUUCUAGACGUUCUCCCCCAAAUCAGGUCUAUGUGUGCCCUCCCCCUGUGCUUCCAUGCAUCUCAGUACUCACGAUCAUGUGUCCCCAGCUCCACCCCUCACAGUCUGGGCCUGUUUCUGGCGAAGUCAGGAAGGUUUCUGAAUUAGGGAACAUUUUUUAUACACCUUCUGAUUUUACUUAAGCGGUUACCAUUCCAUGGACUCAUCUCCCAGAGCAGCAAAAUGUCCUUCUGAGCCCAGGUGGCAGGAGCCUUGGGGCCUAAACACACACAGGCUGAGCCUCUGUGCUGUCUCCUCCUCCGUGUGCCUCAGACUCGGGGGAAGAGGGAAACCCCUUGCCAGCUUCCUGGUCCUUCAGUUUGAUGACAUCUUCAGAGCAUUUUUGUUUUCUCCUCUGAGGGCCUGUCCAGUUGGGUUAGGAAGGGUAGAGUGGCCUGAUUCCAGGGCUGGCUGGUGCCAGCUCCUGGGGGCAGACUGACCAAGAGAGGUUGUCCCUGUGCACCCUUUGAUUACUCUCAUGCUGCAUUUACUGUUUACAUUGUUUUAUUGUACAUAGGUUUGUAAACAUUAUUGCCUAAGAUAUUUAUAUAUAACUUGGGCUUUGUAGCUUUUAUUUAUUCAGAAUUCAUAUGGCAUGUUAAUGACUUAUGAUGGUGUCCUAAUCUGGGCAGCUGUAUAGGAUCAUCAUGUGGUUAAAACAAAUACUUCCCCUCAAAAAAAGUCUUUUAAUGUGGAAACAAUAAAUUUCACAGAAAAAAAAA